AUGGCUGGCACCAUGCAGAUCUCUGUGAGCGAAGUUGCCCAACAUUGCAGUCCCAGUGAUUGCUGGGUUGUGAUUAAUGGAGAUGUCUGGGAUUUGAGUAAAUUUGCUCCAAAACACCCAGGUGGCUGUGACGCCAUUCUUCGAUAUGCGGGACAAGACGCAUCCCAGGCUUACAAUGAAGUCCACGCCCCCGAUCUUAUAUCUAGGGUUCUUACUGCAAACGAACUUGUCGGUCAGCUCGAUCGGUCCUCUCUCGACACGCAGUGGCACAACAGCUCUGUCCGACAAGCAGCUCCUCGGCCCGCACUCAAGCCGCCUCUAAGUACCAUUCUCAGUGCCCGAGAUUUUGAAAUUGUUGCGCAGGAUACCUUCUCGAAGAAAGCGUGGACGUUUUACUCCUCAGGAGCUACAGAUCUGCUGUCUCUCAAAGCGAACAGAGUGCUCUAUGACCGCAUUUGGUUUCGGCCCCGGUUGCUGCGCAACGUGCGGGACGUAAGCACCAAAUGUACAGUCCAGGGUGUCGAAUGCUCGUUGCCAGUCAUUGUUGCUCCAGUGGCUCUGGCACAGCUAGCCAAUCCCAUCGGUGAGGAAGCCAUAGCAAAGGCAGCUGCCAGCAGAGGCAUCUUUCACUGUGUACCUAUCACAGCCUCCAGUCCAGUUGAAGACGUUAUCUCGGGCGUCCCUUACCCUGCGACCGUCUUUUUCUUUCAGUUAUACGUCGCUAAGAACAGAACAGUUUCUGAAUCACUUUUGCGUAGGGUUUGGGAUCUCGGUAUUCGCACCUUGUUCGUGACCAUUGAUGCACCUGUUGCUGGCAAACGUGAAGCCGAUGAGAAGGUAAAAGCACAAGGGAUGAUAGCAAUGCCAAUGACAGGCACUCGAUCAAGGGAAGAUGGCGCGGGGAGCGGUCUUACUCGAACUACUGGGUCGUUCAUUGACAGCUCACUCUGCUGGGAUGACCUCACGUGGCUGAAGGUACAAUGGCCCGGAAAGCUGGUCAUCAAGGGCAUACAGUCUGUAGAGGAUGCCCAGAUAGCAGCAGAAGCCGGUGUGAGUGGGAUUGUCCUGAGCAAUCACGGCGGGCGAAACCUCGACACCUCCCCUCCAGGUCUACUUACACUAUUGGAGUUGCAACGGCAUUUACCUUCAAUAUUCAGUCAGGUAGAAGUCUACGUUGAUGGAGGAGUCCGCCGUGGCACUGAUAUACUGAAAGCACUUUGCUUGGGAGCAAAGGCGGUUCUUGUUGGGCGGCCAUUUCUUUACUCCCUCGCCUACGGAGAGAAAGGGCCCCAGCAUCUUUUUGAUAUCUUUCAAGCCGAGCUUGAGACAGCCAUGAGGUUGGUCGGGAUCACGGACCUUUCGCAAGCACACCCAGCCUUUGUUAACACAAAUGAUCUCGAUCAUCUCGUCGUGAAAGAUGUGAGAGCUCAUGCUUCGCACAUAACACCACAUGCAAAGAUCUAAGUUGAGAGUAAGAAAAUCAAUAAGAACAUUUUAGUGAGAAAUGAAAAGGAGGAAAAAGAAUUACGACUAUAAUAAUAAUACAGAGCUUUAGAUAAGAUUUAUAAAAUGACAUUUGUCCGAAUACUCCGUGGACCUACAUCUUCAACUUUUCGGAUGAGGGGAAGUCAAUCAAAGCUUCUGGUUAUGGUGCAGAGUUUCUCAGCUUGCGGAGCACGUUCAAUCAACCCUUAUGAUGAUUACAGUACGAUUUGACAGUCGGUUUCCUGCUUUGGGGUAAUAAUCAUCAGCGGGUACCUCAAUAAUGCAACAAGGAUUCACAUACGAUCCCCUUGACUUUAAUGAUGGAAGCAUCGUUUCUUCAGUAGACAUAUAUGCUGCUUUUGACACA